GUCUCCGACGUGGGGAACUCAAGCGCCGCUCCUAGCUUGACCCGCAUGUCCACAUAUAAUAUUCGGAAAGUCACCAACGACAUCUACAAGAGAGCAGAUAGGUUUGACCAAGAUUCGGUCACCAUCGAAUGGGAUUGCAUCACUAGAGAAGAAGAGGUGAGGGAUGAAUAUGCAAAGGCCCGCAGAAAAUGGGCCGAUGCCGCAUAUCGGGGAGAUUGGGAUGAAAUAUUCAAGGUAUCACUGUCUACUGCUCUGAUGAACUCGCCUACGAUUCGAGAGGGCUGGCCAAUGCGACGAGACUACUUCCUAAAGGCGUCCAGCCGGACCCCUCAAAGAGACCUUCAGG